AUGGAGAGCGCUUCACCAGGAAGUCAAGCUUUCAUCGACUGGUACGAUUCUCCAAAAGUUCCAUUACGAGCGCAGUCAAAGCAGUUGCGGAGUGGUGUACAGCUUAUGAAGACAAGAAGUGCUGAAGAGUUUUCACCUCAUCGGUUUCUUAAUGAUACUAGAUCUACAUCCGAUCUCGAUAGCAUUUGGUGUACUGCUUCACCACAAGAGAAUCUCGUUCUUUCCCAGGUUUCUGAUUCUGUAUUUAUAUCUGAUGACCGUGUAUUGUCAAAGUCGGACAUGACCACUCCCCACAGAAGUUCUCGGUACAGCAAACUUCUCUCACGAAAACGGCCCCUCAGAUCCAAAAGCAUUGAACAACCGAAGAAGCAGGCAGAAUGUUCUGAAGUCGGAAUGUCGAUGGAGGAAGGCCUCGCUAUAGGGAAAGCGUCACUUGCAAAGUUACGUCAACGAUUGCACAGUGAAGACCAGUCAGAUGUGGUAGGAUCACCUACAAAUAAUAUUACCCCGCUAAAUAAAACACGUCAGUUUUCUCCCAGUGCUUCACCAAUUUCUUCAUUAAAUACCUUGAAGAGGAGGAGUGAAACUGUCUUAACUCCCUCUUGUGCUCGCUCCAAACAAAGGUUUUUCACAAGCACACCAAAAAGUUCGGCUGCAAUAACAACCACUCCUUUAAAACGAUUUCGAACUAUGGAUUACUCCGUUCCUACGAAAGAAUUGGCAAACGAGAAAAUGAAGCGGACGCAGAGUAUGACUGUAACGAACGAGGAAAGCGACGAUGACUCGUUCUUGGAUGACGUAUUUGUACCCUUUAGCCAUCCAGAUCAAGUCUUACAGCUACUGAAGCAAAGCUCAACUCAAAAACGGUGA